AUGAAUUCUCAACAAAAUAACAACGCUCUAAAUAGCAUAAUAAACAUAUUUCUUGAUGUGGUAGCUUAAUAAAUUCCUUAAAAUGAACUAAAUAUUGAAUCUGACUCUUACUAUGAAUGCGAUAGCUGUUUUUAAAAGGAGUUAAUUUUGAAAAAAUAGUAGAAUUCGAGCUUUGAACCAUUGCAAAUCUAUUAAGAAUCUACUAAAUAAUCUGAAGAUUAUGACUAUUUUAGAGAAAGGAUCGAUCCUAAAUUGAAAUAAAAUCAAUAAUAAAAUACAAUAAAAAACAUUUUAAAGAGCUUUCUAAGCUAUUUAGUAAAAUUAUAAGACUCUAACAUCAAAUAAAAAUAUUAAUAAAUAUAUUUCAAACAAAUCAAUAAGCCUUUUUCUGAAAUUAAAAAGGCAGUGUCAAAGAAAGUGAAUGUCAAAACGAAUAGAUGGAAUUUUUAGCUUAGAAGCCUUCUUUAAAGUUAAAGUUUAAGGCUUAUAUUUUAUGAUUAUCUAUUCAAUAACUCCUAAUAAUGGCUUUAAAAAUCUAAAGUGUUUAAUUUAGAUGAACACCAGAAGCUAAUUAAUGUUCUUUUAAAUUGCAUAGAAAAUAACUAACCAUUAGACAUAAAAAUAUAUAAGAAAAAGAAAUGA